GAAAAGCAAGGACGCUUGUACGACAAAUAAUUAGCCAAUCAGAAGCGAUAACAUGUUUAUUUUGUUAAUAUCACUGAUAACGCUUUCGGGCGGGCUUGCACUUUACGUUUAUCAACGAUUCGGCAAUAGGCUCUAUUAUGCCGGGAAAAUUACUGGUCCGAAGGCUUACCCCUUGAUCGGAAGUGGCCACCGGUUCAGUGGAAAAUCUCCUGCAGAAUUCCUACUUGAAUUGCAAAGGAUGAAGGCCAAAUAUGGGAAGUGUUUUCGCUUGUGGAUUGGAUCGGACUUGACGAUUGUGCUAACGGACGCCAAAAAGGUUGAGAUUCUGCUGAGUAGUCAAAAGUUCUUGGACAAAGCCGGUCAAUACGACUUCAUCCGACCGUGGCUGGGAGAUGGUUUGCUGACCAGCACCGGAAGGAAGUGGCACUCUCGGAGGAAGAUUAUUACUCCGACGUUUCAUUUUAAAAUUUUGGAACAGUUCGUCGAUAUUUUCGACCAGCAGAGUAGCAUCUUUAUCGAACAGUUGAGAUCGAAUGCUUCCAGUGGAAAGACGUUUGACGUUUUUCCGAAAGUGACAUUGUGUGCGCUGGAUGUGAUUUGUGAAUCCGCAAUGGGAACAAAGGUGAACGCUCAAAUAAACUCCGAUUCGGAAUACGUCAGGGCUGUCAAAAACAUAUCAACCGUAGUCAUCAAGCGAUCGUUUGAUAUCAUGGAACACCUCGACAUCACCUUCAAUCUCACCAAGUAUAGUAAAAUGCAGGAUCAGGCUCUGAAAGUGCUUCAUGAUUAUACGGACGGCGUAAUUCGUACCCGUCGUCAGGAGCUAUCCCAAGCAAACCAAAUCGGCGAAGAUGAAAAUGUUUUCGGUGUUCGUAGGAAAAUUGCUUUCCUAGAUAUGCUAUUGCAGGCCACGGUAGACGGAGAACCGCUCUCUGACGUGGAAAUCCGAGAUGAAGUGGAUACUUUUAUGUUUGAAGGUCACGAUACUACAACCUCCGCCAUCAGUUUCCUGAUGAGUAUGCUUGUGAAACAUCCCGAAAUCCAGCAGAAAGUAUACGACGAAGUUUGCGCUGUGUUUGGCAAGAAUCUGAGCAAUCCAGUAACACUUUCAAUGUUGAACGAUCUCAAGUAUUUGGAUUUGGUGAUCAAGGAAACUCUCCGAUUGUACCCGUCGGUGCCGAUGUUCGGCCGUAAAAUGCUAGCCAAUCACGAAAUAGGUGGAAUCGUAUUUCCAGCGGGAGCGAAUGUCAUGAUUUUCCCAUUCUUCAUGGGUCGUGAUCCGGAAUACUUCGAAAACCCUCUGGAGUUUCGUCCGGAACGGUUUGCCGAAGAAACAUCCGCUGAAAAGACCAAUCCGUACCGUUAUGUUCCAUUCAGUGCUGGACCACGAAACUGCAUUGGGCAAAAGUUUGCCGUGGCCGAAAUAAAGUGUAUGGUAAGCAAAACUUUGCUGAACUACGAGUUGCUACCACCGGAGCACGAACAACCCGAAAUACUUAUAUCCGAAUUGAUCCUGCGACCCGAGGGCGGGAUUCCGCUGCGUCUGAAAAAACGCUUCUAGGAUCUUUAGGCAUUAUAAAGAUUACAGGAAGAUCGUUUUCGUAGAAUCAUUGAGUUGUAUUCUGAAAAUUGAAGAUCCAAGUAAACGUACCCAAAAUUUGAUUUUUAGUAAAUGCUUUCCGAAUUCCACUUUUUAGUAGUAGUGUGUACAAUCGCAGUAGCCCAGGUGUGCUUUUGGCGACCUUUCCACAGUUCAACGACCAACAUCUGUUUUUGUGUAUCCCACUAAGAAAACGAUAAGAUUAUCUUGAACGUUGAAUUACAAACUAGAGCCGUCA